AUGGUCUCUCUCGUCGCCCUGGUCUCUCUCGUCGCCCUGGUCUCUCUCGUCGCCCUGGUCUCUCUCGUCGCCCUGGUCUCUCUCGUCGCCCUGAUCUCUCUCGCCGCCCUGGUCUCUCUCGUCGCCCUGGUCUCUCUCGUCGUUUUGGUCUCUCUCGUCGCCCUGGUCUCUCUCGUCGCCCUUGUCUCUCUCGUCGCCCUGGUCUCUCUCGUCGUCCUGGUCUCUCUCGUCGCCCUUGUCUCUCUCGUCGCCCUUGUCUCUCUCGUCGCCCUUUUACCGCCCUUCCCUACGCGCAGCUACCCCCCUUCCCUACGCGCAGGUUCCCCCCCUCUCCUUCGAGCAGUUUCCCCUUCAUAUUGCCCACUCACACCCAUCGGUCUCUCACACCCACCCACCGCUCACUCACACCCACUGCUCGCUUCGUUCCCUCUAUGCCUCACUUCCCCCUUGAGUCUCCCAUUCCCUUCCCAUGCCAUCCGUCCCUCUUCCCUCACUCUCAGCCCCAAGCCUUGUUUCCUUCACCGCGCCACUCCUCCCGUCCCACUCCUGUGCCUCCCUUCCUGA